UUAAACACGGUUAAUUAGCUAGGCUGCUGGUGUUGAUUCGGUGUGUACUUGGGUGGACAAGGGUUAGUAUUGUACUGUUUGCACUAUCUCUUUCUAAGUCCUACAAAUCAAGGAUUGGAUCUAGAGAAGACGUGUGUUGCGCUCGCUAUGUGAUGGCUGAGAUAAGCAAAGCGCUCUAAUCUGUCCUUGUUAAUCAUUACUCACGACUAUUCAUCCGUGGAUACUGGGUUGAGGAAAUGUGUGUCUACUGAUCGCUCAUCUUGAGACAGAUCAAUGUCUCUCGCACUUCUACAGAGACGCGCACACAAUAGGGUGAUAAUAUAUUUCCUUGUCUAGACAUUCUUUUUUCUGACAGUUGCUUAUGUGGCUAGAAUUGAGUUAAUUUUUGUGUCUGUUUCUGUAGCAUUAGGACUUGAUUCGUAUUUAAAAAUGAAGGUUUAGUAUUGGAUAUACACGCCCAGGUGGACAUUCGUGGGAUACUGUAAUUGUCCAGCGUCGGCUCCUGUGAAGAAAUGACAUUGGUCUGUGGUCACCCAGAUGGACAGCCGUUUGAUAACAUUGAUGUGUGAUAAGCGAUGGCCCGAUGUCGUUAGGACUGUCAGUGUUUGUUGUGCCCGUAUCUGUGACUAUAUUGUCUAUUUGGGCUGUGUACAUCGUGAAAUGUCCAGUCUGCUGACCAUGACCAGUCGGACAGUACGUCUUAAUAUGAAAUUCUGCCCAUAUCUGUGACUUUAUUGUCAAAUUGGACAGUGUACAUCGUGAAAUAUUUAGAUUUCCAGUCUGCUUACGUUUUGCAAUGUUUUAGACUAUGACAAGAUCAGCAGUUCGCUACUGCCUUGAGCUGGCUAAUCUAUGAUUUGAUGAGCAAGACCUGGAUUUUAAAGGGAUUACAUUUAAAUCUGUACAAUGGUGGACAAAGUAUAUCAAGUGUACCCAGGCAGUGGCAGGGUGCUAGUGUUUUCUAUGUGUCAAUCUUGUCUGCAGGUGACCAGCGUGAAAAUAGUGGACUUGACACCUAAAGGGGAAGUGAAGGCUGCUGGGGUCGUCUGCUUGAUUGGCCUGGGACUCAGUCUUGGGACGCUGCUGCUCUACAAACUCUACUUCCGUAUCAUCGUACCAUUUCUGAACAGUGUCUGGGACACCAAGGGAAGGAACUCGCUGAUUGAUGAUGAGUACACGCUGUAUCUGGAGUCCUCUGAUAGUGAGGUGGAUACCAUGGGGGGUAAUUCACACAGUAAGAAGAGUAUUCCUUCAGUAUACUACUCCCCUGGCUACGGGGUGAGCUUGGGAUCAAGGCCACCAACCUUGGAUGUAGAUCUGGGAGAUCUUAAGGAGGGCAUUCGGCUGCGCCCUCGUAAAUCGCAUCGCCAAAAGUCCCCAUCGCCGGCCUCCGACAAGGAUUCGGCCAUCGGAGGUGUGGUGGGGUCCGAGAUGAGUCAGAGCAUGUACAGUGAGAACAGCACCAACAGAGACUCUUUUUACUCCACUGCGGAGAGUGGUUAUGAUGAGUUUGGCUACCUUGAUGAUUAUAGAAGUGCUUCAAAGCUGAGCAGUUCACUAAAGGAGAACCAUAGUCCAAGCUCUUUGAAAGAGCGCAAUCUGAACAUGCUGUACAGGGCCCACCACGGCUAUGAUGCUGGGCUGAACAGCAUAGGUCACAGCAUGAAGCCUGGCCUGGACACACUGUCAGACUGCAGCAGUGAAAGGAGUGGCAUCGUGUCCAGCAGGAGUUACCAAAGCAGCGCAGGCUCCAGUUCUAGGGAUGUGACUGUCAGGACCAAUGUGGACCCUUUGGUGGAGAAGUAUGCAGCUGAGCUGAGUGGUAGAACUGGUUCAAGGUUAAGUCAGAACUCUCAAGAUAAAUCAAGCUACAGUCUUCCAAACAACAAAGUCCUCAGUCCAAUAGAGAACACGGGUGUCCUUUCACCCCAUUCUGAUAGCACAUCAUACUCCCCGAAAAUUGUAUCAACAGAGUCUUCCCCUUGCCAUAGGAAGAACCUUCAAAGGUUCGGCAAGGGCGGCUCACCAUUUCGUUCCCUCCAUCACACUAGACCUCAGCAUGGGCCCAACAGUGAGGACUGGGACUACGAUCCUUCUUUGGAUGCCUCAGAGUCUAUUCAGAGUUUCAGCUCCAACGAUAUAGACUGGGACAAUGACCUUGACAGCAGAGAGAGAAUGUCCAUACUGCCCGAGUUGCCAGACUCAAAUGAUCCUGAUGAGGAAUUCAAAAAGUCUUUAAUUCAUCGCAUUCAGCAGUGGUCAGACUUUGCAGAUGAGUACCAAAAAUCUAGGUCACCUACGCCUGAUGUUCCUCAGAUGAAGUUUAUAAGAAGAAGCCGUAGUCUAGAUAGACAUUUGGGAGACCCGUCUUCCGUGCUAAUAUCCGAGGCAGCCCAGAUCGUAGCUGCUGCCAAAACGACAGUCAUAGAACCAACGACAGAGAAAAACUUGGAAAGCUUGGAAUAUGAACUCCAUGACAUCCAAGGUGAGUUCGAAUCCAUCACCUCCAAGCUGCACGAACUCAUUGAGAAUGUUCAGCAGCCUACGUCUUCCAAGCCGCAUGCAUCAGAUGGUCCUCACCGGGUGCAGAGCAGGCCCAAGCCAAUAGACUCUAAGAUGCGGACCAGAUGGGAGCAUGUCCCAAGCUCUGUGUGCUCAGACUCUGAGGGCCGCAGCUCGAGAGCGAGUAGCGUGGAGUACGCCUGGGACCUGGCGGAAUACAGUCACAACAGACAAAGAUCUGACAGCUGUGUUAGUAAAGAAAUGAAUAUUGAUGUAGCCAUGGGAGGUUUUACUGAAGAUGUUAGUAUUAUGAACAUUUUUGAGCCUGUCGUGAUUGCUGACUAUGCUGAGGAACAGUGGAAAGGCAACACAGAUAAAGCCAAAACUGUGAAAGAAGGUUACAGCAAAAUACCUCGGCUCCUGUCCUGUCAUCGAAUGUGCGUCAUACGAGGAGAUAAUUACUGUGCACUUCGCAGUGUGCUUUUCCAAGUUUUAGCCAAUGGUCAAAGAGUCACGCAGCACUGGUCGGGUAUCAUCGGUAUCAUGGACUCCUUGCACAAGAUGCACGGUGACCCAACUGUGGCUCUGUCCAACUGGACCUUUGCUAACAGACUGCCCGACCAUUGUGAGGACAAGCUUGGAUCACUUUGUAAAUGUGCUCUGUCACUCUAUGCAACAAUUGAAGAGGUGUGCACCUUGACUUCUCAUGAGGAGCGUGUCGCAAGGACAAUCAGCGUUCUCAACACCAACGAGACACUCGACCUGGAGCUUAUGGAAGGCCUGAAGGCCAUGAUGCUGAUAGAGCUUUUCAAGCUGCGUCGAAGGAUUGAUGAUGAGGAGGAUGUCCCCAUCUUUGCACAUCUGCUGUUUGCCAGAGACAGCUCGAUGACACUGUCUGACUUCCUGAAGAAUCACUUGAACUGUGUGGGUGAUACAGGUGGUUUAGAACAAGUGGAAUUGUGUCUUCUAGGCCAGGCACUAGGCAUUCAGAUUAGAGUCCUCAGGCUGUCGCAGUCUGGACAGGAAGAUUUUGACUGCCUAUUUCCUGAUGAUGCUCCAGCAGAGUGGCCAGUGGUGUCAUUGAUUGCAGAAGAUGACAGACAUUAUAAUGUCCCACUUCCUUGACCAACAUAAUGUUCAUAAAUCUCUCCCUAUUAAUUGAUGCUGGUCAGAUGGCCUGAGAUCUGAAAAACAAUUGCAGAAUUCUUUUUGCUCUGCCAUUUUUCAUUUGAUGUGUGUUCUACAUUUAGAGCUAGAUAUCUAGAAAGGAGGGAAAAAAAAUCAGUCUAUCCAGUUCCUCUUUGUUCAACCAACGCCUUCCAGAAGAUUGAGACUGUGCUUAUUUAUAAAGGUUGUGAAUAAAACUUGACAAGAACUAAGCAAUUGAUUUGGAGCCUGGGGGGAGGGAAUCAAUGCACAGGAAAGUAAUAAACUCAAGCCCUGCUCUUGCAGGCCUUAAAAUUAAAUUUAGUGGUGACACAGGAUUGAAAGAUUCAAUGCACCUUGAAAGUAAUAAAGAUUACUGCAACUCUUCCUUUUCUUUUUUAGAAAACAAAUUGAUUAACGAUUGCUUAGGGAUGAUGUUUUGUGAUUUGCACACUCAAGAAAAGGGAAUUUGAAAGAAAAUAUUUGUUCCAUUGGCUAAUUGCCCUAUAGACAACUUUACCUCAGCGAGCUCCAAUAACUGACCACUUAAAAACGUCCUGUGUCUAGUCAUCUGACCAUCUGCUGAUUGCUAAGCAUGUGUGCUUUGAUUUUACUUUUUAUAGCACUUUGACUUAUGCAAAUUUUGUACAUGUGACUAAAACUUCUAAUGUGUAGAGUAGCCCAACGGUUUACACGAUUCUUAUCACACUGUGCAGAACGUGUCACUGAUUGGCCCACUGGUUAACAUGAAAUCCAAAGCAACCUGCAGAGAACAUGUCAUCCUACUCAAUUAUGCUUCCACUAACCCAUACAUCCUUGUAGUCAGGAAGUUUGAUUUUUCUCACUCCCAUUACAGUUUGGAAACUUGUCGAGUCUAGAAAUGAACAUUCUGAUUGGAUAGCAUUGUGUAUGCAUGGCAUUUAGAACUCAAUGCUCCAUAAUCUUAUUAUUCCAUUAUUCCUUUGAUUAAUUGGAUGAAAAUAUUUUUAAUGAAGUCAUAAGCAUUACAUUAUUUCAUGUUUGUAAUAAGGGAGAUUACUACCAACAUUUUAUACAAGUCCAUAAUCAUUCAGCAGAAGGAAAAAAAAUGAAUAAUGUAUUAAUUUGUUCAUGUCAUGUUAGGAUGUAGUGUACAUUUUCAGAGAUUUUUUCAAUAAUAGCAUUGAACUUUUUUUGUUCUGAAAAUGCUCUGUAAACCUCCAGUGUUAGUGUUAUUGUCAAAAUUUGUUGGUACAAAAUUAAGAUAAUUUCUAGUCUUAUUAUGCAAUAUGAGUUGAAUGUGUGGGAUCUGUGGAAUGUGUAGAAUCCUAUUUUGUGAGAAUCUGUGUUCAAACAAUAACAACUUUUUAUAUUUAAUCUGAUUUUGCAUUUCAAGGUACAAAUAUUUGUGAAACAAAGUUGAAUUGUACAUUCAUAAUGUUACCUCCAAGACCUAGGGGGCAAUGGGGCAGGUCAUGUUAAGUUCAUCCGUUGGCAAUGACCUUGCUUAGUCAUCAAUUUCCAUUUAUCAGCUUCCUCCAUUAGAGCUUGGAGGGCUCAGGGAAAUCCUCAAAAUAGGAAUUUCAAGCCUCCGCUGGGAUAUGAACACUAGACCUUUAAAUAAGCUGUCAAAUGCUUCUCUGUUACUUAGCCCCAUGUUUCCUCGAUAUAAAUGUGACUUAUAUUCUGAGGUUGGACUCUAUUCAUUGACAUUAUGAAAGUUGGAGAUGGUUUAACCACAAGAUGUGUGUAUAUAUGGUUACCAUGUAGAAUGCCUUAUGUAAUUAGAGGCUCUUAUCUGUGAUAGUUAUUGAUCAAUGUUGCUUUUUAUCUUUUCUGUGCCCACCCCCCCACCCCCACCCCACCCUUUCAGAGCUGAUCUAUUACCAUGUUCUAAAGAUCUUGAAUGUUUCCUACAGCUGAUGUUGAGGCUUUCACUGUUACUUCUGUUGAUGUUUUGACCGCUGUUCUCACUGUGUUCUGUUAGCUGAGCCACUUUUUUUUUUUUUGCUACAGAUAAUGUUUUUUAACCUACUUGUUAAUGUCAAUACCUCCUCAUUGCUAUGCAUUUCUGUCUCAAUUUCCUAGAACUGUGAUUUGAAAAAAAAAUUACAGGUAUACAGACAGGUUUAGAAAAAUUCAAAUUGUGUUGUGUACUUUGUUUAAUUUCCUGUCACAAUUCCAUACAGUCCAAUUACCUACAAGCUUUUAUUUUUAAUUUAAAAAAAAAUAAAUUCUAACAUGUCAUCAUUACUGAAAUCAACUUUUAUGGCAGAGGACCUUAUUCUACUUCUUAGUUGGCUUUGUUGUAAUUUUUUCAAUUAUAUUAGCUUCAUAUACCAACGCAAUCCCUUUUUUUUUUUUUAAAUAGAUUCCCUUUAGUUUGUUGUAUUGUUAUUGUUACUUUCAUCCCAAUCUUCACCUAUCAGUAUGGCAAUACCUGUCAAUGUUAAGGCAACCAAACAUUGUCUCAUUGGGCGGAGAUUACAACUUCUCUUCUUUUUUUUUUUUUAAAGUCUUUUUGAGUUCUACAAGUGAAUGUUCAGCACUAAGUUUAUUGAUGUCUUGAUUUGUCCAUUGGUGUAGAUUUUGUGUGCGCCCUGAUCAAUUUGAGCACUUGGUCUGUUUUUUAAGUGCACCAAUAUAAUCUCUUAGAAAGUAGAUUUUUAUUUUGUCAGUGGGAAAAAAAUAUUUUCUUUAAUUUUUCUUUGCUCUUGAAUAUGAAGAGCAUAAUUAAGAUACACUAGAUACAAUGACAUAAAAAACUUGUACUAAUUAUUUCGACAGUCAUAUUUUUAUAUAUAUAUAUAUAUAUAUAUAUAUAUAUAUAUAUAUUGUUGUACUAUGAUGAUGUUUAAAAAAGUGAAGCAAAAAUCUCUUUUAGGAAACAAAAAAUCAAAUAAAAACUCAAAGCCCCCCUUGUCCCUCCCUCCCUUCUCAGAUUUACUUGUGUUAUUUCUCAGACUUUAUUUGUAAGAUAUUGCAUGUACACAAUAAAGAAUGUAAAAAUCUGCCGCCCAAUAUUUGGGCGCCUUGGUGUUUCGAUAGUUUCGUCUUGGACCAAGGUGUGAAUGUGCCAAAGCCAUACCUCAUGUAGCAUCUAACAUGUUUUCGAAAAUUGUUUGUAUGAUAGAAUGUUAGUUAAUGUGUCAUUCGGGUCACUGUUUCGUUUGACUGUUCUGUAAACAAAAGAUUGUCGUGACUGUGUAGAGGUAUAUCGCAAAGAGAGAUUUUACAACUGAUUUUAAUGUUUGAAACCUUUCAGGCAUAAUAAUUUAACUUUCAUGUGUUCUCAGCUUUUGUGUAUUUUAGUUUUUAAAAAAUCAUUUUUUUGUUGUUUUAUUUAAUUUAUUUUUCUGUAUUCUGAGGUGUUUUAUUUCUGAUGCAGUUUAAAACAUUUGACAUUGUAUGAUGUAUUGGUUUAUAAAAAGUAACUAUAAGAAGAUCUAUGCCACAUUACAAAAUCUAGACUUGACUUUGUAAUUUUUCAAUUUGAACCUUGGUCUUUCCAAAAACUGUAAACAAAUGAAUUUUUUUUUGUAUUAUUUGGAAUCGAGUACUUUAAUACUAGGCUUGUAUAAUAAAUAUUUGAUUUGGUAGAAUAAUCUGUGGUAAACGUUUGACUUUGUUAGCAAUUUUUAGCCUUUUUUUUUCUUCAUUGUAAUACAGUCAAGAGGUUUCGUUAAUUACAUUAAUUGUCGUAAUGAAAAGAUUUUUGUUUUUCAGAGGACCAUUUCAUGUUGUUUAGAACUCAUCCUAUGCAUUCAUCCGAAGCUUUGAGUUCAUAAUUAUAGUUCAACAAUCAUUUAGUCAAUGAGAAUUAUUACUUCAGUUAAAUUUUUGUAUUCUUGGUUGAGUCACUUCAACAGGCAAAUUAUGCAAUAAUGUCUGCCCCAGCCUAUCUGUGUAAGGAGACCAACAAAACUUACCUAGGAAAUGGACAUCCCUUAUUAUGUGGAGACAUGACCCAACCCUUUUUCUUUAAUGUCUUGGUCCAAGGGCAGGGCUGGCCUCAGGCAUAGGCAAACUAGGCCUCUGAUUGAUGGGGGGGCCUCACGCAGGACAAUUUUUUUAGAGAAGAAAUAGUGAAAUUUGUCCCCAAUGUCAUUGAAUACACUGGGAUGUAAAUAAAUUAUUUCAUUGGUUGUUUGAAUUUUAUUUUUCUAUUUUAUUUGGGGCCACUAAAUUCAUUUCACCUAAGGCCAGCCCUGUCAAGGGUCAGGACCAUCCCUUCGUUGCAUUGAACAUUUUAAUUAUGAAAGUGUUACGAGUUAAUAGAAUUAAAAUUUUGUUGAAUGAAGAGAAAGAUGUGCAGAGAUAUUUUAAACUUCCCCUUCUGGUAUGAAUGGCUGCCUGGUCAUGUGGUAUGCACACUGGGCUGCCAUUUGGAUGGUCCCGGGUCCACACCAUGCCCGCUACCAUCCCCCAUUGUCCCGCGGGAGGUUUGGGGUAGGAUGAAAUUAUAUUCAAAUAUGAAGGAAUAUCCGAAACAUGUAAAACAUUGCAUAUCUAAUGAUGUUAACAAUGUGGUAUUGUUGCUGAAAUGUUUCACUAUUUAUUUAUUUGUAUUGCCGUUUCUGUUGUUAGGGUUUUGAUGUGAAGCAUGUUUGAAAGAGUUGUAGAUAAUGUAGAGGCUAUGUAGUGACAGCAUGAGGGUCAGAGGUCAGGUGUGUUGCAUGAAGAAGCAGUGUGUUCUAACUUUCUGUAAUUAUACAUUGGUAGAACCUAUUCCACUUGGAUCAGUAGUGUACAUAGAUCUAGACACAAAACUGUACAUGUAUGAGUAUGUAUAUAUAUAUAUACACCCUCCCCUUUCUCUACCCAUCCCCUACACAAUGUAUGUUUGAAUAGAUUCUUUUUUUUAAUUUAUAUUAGUUCAAGAGGCUGCAAGACUCACUGUGUAUCAACUACAUACAAACUGGAGGAGAAAUAAAAUACUGGGACAGCAUGUAUUGCUUUCCAACUAGAUAAA